AUGCAUGAACAGGGAAAGCCUCCAUCCACCGCCUAUCUGGACGGUCUCCGCGGCAUCGCUGCCCUGGUUGUAUUCUCCUUCCACACGCUGUGGGCUUAUUGCGGCCUCGUCGAGUACGGCUACGGCGAUGGCGCGAAGAAUCGGCAUUUCAUCCAAUUGCCGUUUGUUCGGCUUUUCCAUGCCGGCCACGCCAUGGUGCCCGUCUUCUUCGUCGUCGGCGGCUACGUGAUGGCGCUGCGGCCGCUCCGCCGCAUCCGCUCGCGCGACGUGAAGAAGAUGCAUGUCCAUCUCGCCGGCUUCGUCUUCCGCAAGGCGGUGCGCCUCUACCUGCCCGCAGCCGUCAUGACCUUCGUCUCCAUGCUCACCCUCCACUUCGGCCUGUGGGAGUAUCCGCGCCGCUUCAUCGCGAACCCGCGCCUCUUCAACUACCCAGACAAGCACCCGCCGCGCGCGCCAACCCUGCCCGCCGAGCUCAGCCGCUGGCUCGGGGCCACCGCCGGCCUCGCCCGCAUCUUUAGCUACUACAACGACGGCUUCGUGCUCCCCUACUACAACCCCUACGACCCGCACCUCUGGUACCUCCCCUUCGAGAUGCGCUCCACCCUCGCCGUCGCCGCCACCCUCCUCGCCCUCUCCCGCUGCCGCCGCCCCGCCCUCCGCAUGGCCCUCGUCCUCGCCGCCAUGGUCCUCUGCUGCCGCCUCGACCGCUGGGAAUGCGCCCUCUUCCUCGCCGGCGCCCUGCUCGCCGACCUCGAAAUGUCUUUAAUUCCCACCCAACGCAAACACCCCACCACCACCACCACCACCACCACCCUCGCCGCCACCACCUUCCUCCUCCUCCUCCCAUCCCUCUACCUCCUCUCCACCCCCAACCUCCGCAUCCGCCACAACCCCCCACCCUCGGGCUACCCCUUCCUCGCCGCCGCCCUCGUGCCCCGCACCAUCACCGACCCCAAACGCUUCCUCCACGGCCUCGGCGCCGUCCUCCUCGUCGCCGCCGCCAUCGUCCUCUCCCGCACCGCCGCCACCGCCACCGUCGUCGCCGCCGCCGCUGCCAACAGAUUGGUCCGGUCGGCCGCGGCCCGCAGCUACCCCCUCUACCUCGUGCACGGGCCCGUGCUGCACGUCGUCGGGUUCGGCGUCGCGGCGAGGGCGUGGCGAGCGCUGGGUGUUGUUGAUGUCGACGUCCGUGGUGGAACUGGCGCCGUUGCGGUCGAGAAAGAUGCUUUCGGGGGCGAUGAGGAGCGGUGGCGGUGGUGGUGGUGGAGGUGGGCGGUCGGGGCGGGGGUGGGCAGUGCGGCGGCGUGGGGGGUGGCGUGGGUGGCGGCGGGGUUGUUUGAGAGGGUUGUUGGAAGGAGGGUGGCUGGUUGGGCGGCGGGGGUGGAGGGCAGGAUGAUGGAGGCGAUGGGGGUGGGGGGGAGGACGGAGAAAGAGGAGGGGGAGGAGGGGGAGGAGAUGGCAGUGGGGAGGGAGGAGGGGAGGGAUAGGGGGGAGGAGGGCCGGUACUGGGAGGGGUUGCCGAGGUGGGAGGGGAGGAGGAGCGAAUGA